AUGGGUGCUAGAGUUCUAUUGUGUCACAUCUUCUUCCUCUUCUGUUUGCUCUUCAUUUCAGGUUCAAGCCUCCAAGAGAAACCCCCUCCUGGAGCAAUCUUGCAAAUCAAAAGGCUGGACUAUCAAGAAGAUGAAAUGAUGUCCUCACCUUCAAAAUUCACCACCCACCUGGAUGACAUUCCCAUUGUCAAUCCAACGACUCCAUCUACAACUCCAACUACGACGAGCCCCAUUGUAAACCCAGCAAGCCCGCCACCACCGACCACCAUGGAACCACCAACUCCGACCACAACCACCCCUACAUCAUCUGGAGGGACUUGGUGCAUUGCCAGCUCCACUGCUUCACCAACUGCUUUACAAGUCGCUAUUGACUAUGCUUGUGGCUAUGGGGGUGCAGAUUGUUCAGCAAUUCAACCAGGUGGAAGUUGUUACGAACCAAGCACCAUUCAUGACCAUGCUUCGUAUGCAUUUAAUAACUAUUACCAGAAGAACCCAAUUCCCACAAGCUGCGUUUUUGGAGGAACUGCGAUGCUUACUGGCACCGACCCAAGUUCUGGAAACUGUCACUAUGCAUCGUCAAGAGUGACACCGACAACACCGACAACAAUAAUACCACCACCCAGCAUAAGUUCGCCGGUUAAUCCUUACACCCCCAGUGGACCAACGGCUUAUUCAGAACCAACAGGCUAUGGUGCUGAACCCACGGGGAUGCCCAACUCAGCAGACUCCAUAUCGCACAAACUACUGCUACUCUUCACCAUGACAUGUCUAACCCUGUCCCUUGUAACAGCAAAUUAUCUCUAAGCAGAGGAAAAUGAAGUUCAGUUACCCUCUUACAACAGGAUGGCAAUUCACAUGGCUGCCUACGCAUUCCAUGCGAUUUUAUGGAGGCGCCAUGAAUCCCCAAUGAGAGAUAAAUCGCAAGGCCUUGUUCUCACCAUAAUAUCAUUACAAUAGUUCAUGUAGCUUUUAAUUUAAGUAGGAAGCCAGGGAAACAGGAAGAAGAGCGGAAUAGUGUAGUUGGUUCUGUGUAGCAACCUUACUGCAGUUAACAUGAUAAAUUUUCAGACAAACCCAUCGGGUUUUAGAACUGCUUUAACGUAUAGAGCAGUUGAUCUUCAUCCAAUUCCCAAUGCAUGGGGUGAAACGCUGGUUGACACCCCUGAAUGGGAACCUAUCGAACAGGAACGUACAAUAGCCAACAACUGACUCGAUUACCU